AUGCCCUUGUCUACCCAAGAAGAUUCAAGAAUAAAGCGAAAUCAGAAAAUAAUAGACUCACGCCCACAUGAAAACAUAAACACACGGGACAUUAGCCUUCUAAAACCGCCUCUCCUGCGUUUCGCCUACGUAGAGGUCCUGGUGAAGUCAGAGAUGACGUCAGAGGCAAUCCAGCAGAUGAUUUCAUGGGCGGUAGUGAUGCUGAUGACACCGUACUACUGGCCAUCACAAAACCACAGCGCCGACUCCACCGACUAUGCCAUCUACCUGACCAAACGGCUGUCUAGGAACAAGCAGAAACACGGCCUCGAGGACUACGAGCUGGAGGCCUACAACAAACUCAAGAAGACACUCUCUCACAAGUGGGAUUUCAUCACCAUGCAGGCGGACGAGCAGGUUAAACUGGCUAAGGAUCGUAAAAAGGGCGACAAGAUAGUGACGGACUCCCAGGAGCGAGCGUACUGGCGUGUGUACCGACCUCCACCUGGUUUCACGAACUGCCUCGAGAUCGCCCCCGUACCGGACAAGACGAACAUGGCCAACAGAGUCCGCAAGAAAACUGUAGACGACCUAAAGAAAGAUAAUGAGUUCCUUGCAACGGCGGUCGGUCGCACGCGGCAGAAGGUGUCCCAGGCGGGCGAGAACCUCCUGACCCACUUCGACACGUAUGCUGAGUACGACCCGCAGCUGUCCUGCCCUUUGCCCUCCAACCCGUGGGUCACUGAGGAGAACGUGUACUGGAUACUAAACAGCCCUAAAGUGGAUACCCUAACAGAGAAACGAGUGCGAAGAUGGGCUAUAUCUAUGGAGGAAUUGCUCAGUGAUCCCACAGGCAAAGAGGAAUUCACAAAUUACUUGCGGAAGGAAUACUGCCACGAGAACAUUCGUUUCUGGGACGCUGUCAACGAGCUAAGGUGGGGACCUGCUUCCGACGUGGCUGAGAAGGUCCAGAGUAUAUACGAGGAAUUUCUUAAACCCGGAGCACCGUGCGAGAUCAACAUUGACGGGAAGACCAUGGAGAAGACGCAGUUGUUGAUGAAGCAGCCGACUCGCUACACCUAUGACUUGGCCUCUGAGCAUGUCUACGUUCUUCUCCUAAAGAAGGAUUGCUACCCAAGGUUCCUCAGGUCCGAGAUGUACAAGAAUCUGAUCGCAACUGCCAUCCCUCUGCCGCCGCACAAGAAAAG